UACACACGUCCUUUCAGUCUUACACACGUCCUCUUGUUUUCUCAAUUACACUUGUUAUUACAGUGUUACAAUGAAGAAAUGUGUGACGGUGAAUAGUGAGAAUAUGUGAACUGUUAAAAAGUGGAUACCUAGAAAUUUCCAGGAUGUUUAACGCGUGGUUAGCCAACAUCCUCAACUCAUAUCUGGGAGAGGUGGUUGAGGAGUUGGACUCCCAAAAUCUAGGAGUGGGUGCUUUACAAGGAGAUAUUCUUCUAAUAGAUCUUAAACUUAGAUCUGAUUGUCUGUCUUUACUGGAGUUACCCAUUGAAGUAAUUGCUGGAACAAUUGGUAAAAUCAGUUUCAAGAUUCCAUGGAGUAAUUUAUCCAGCAACCCUGUUCUUGUUCAUGUACAAGAUGUUAAUCUUGUUGCAGUACCAAUCUCUCAUAGAGGGUAUAACGAGGAGAAGGAUAGUAGACUUGAUGCCACCAGAAAACGAAGAUUUCUCCAGAAGGUUGAGAGCAUCUCAGUAAUUAAACGAGCAGCUAAAUCUCAAAACUCUAAGGAGGAGAAGUUGAAAAGAGAACUGUGGGAAACAAUGAUUGCUACUUUUAUGAACAAUGUUCAAGUUUUCAUUGACAGGGUUCAUAUCAGAUAUGAAGACAAUAUAUCUAUACCUGGUAGAUUUAUAUCCUGCGGAAUUUGCCUGGAGUCCCUUGCAGCGGAAACUACGAAUAGUAAAUGGAAAAGCUGUGAAAUCAAUGGAAACUCUAAAAGUAUUUUCAAGCUUGUCAGAUUUGAAAAAUUCUGCUGUUAUUGGAAUCCAUCUGAGUCCUCUGGAGUAAUUGCUGCAAAAAGUGGUUCUAGCUGGAGAGUAAAAAUGCGGGAAAUUAUGGAAAAACAUUUCAGUUCUCAACCUCAGGACCAAGCUGUUCUGAGUCCAUUGAGUGGGAAAGUGAAAAUCAUGAUGAAUCGGUCUAUUGCAGACGGCGCCCCUCGACUCCUUUUUGACUAUCAGUUGAAAGAGAUCAAGGUUUGCUUGUCCAAGGACCAAUAUCAUACCAUGAUGCAAAUUCAAGCCGCUCUGAAGUUCCUCCAGCUUUCAAGAAUUUACCGAAAAUAUCGACCUAGACAAUCUAUUUUCUCCAAACCAAGGCAUUGGUGGAACUAUGCAUACAGGUGCAUUAAGCAGCAGUUCAUUGAGCCAUACUAUUGGAGUAAUAUUAAGAAACAUAGAGAAAAAUACAGGGUUUUGUUUGGACUCUGGUUAAAGCGCCAUCAGGUUGGAAAAAGUUCAAGUUUGAAGGCAAAGAUCAAAGAAGCAGAAACUGAUCUUGAUGUUACCAGUAUAAUGCUGGCUAGGGAACAGGCUAAAUAUCAGGUAUAA